AAAUCUCCGCCCUUCCUUCCUUAUCGCACCCACGCUCCCCUUCUCUCUUUCAUCUCAGUGGAUGAGACCUGCAAUCCACCCCCCUUUAAUGGCUUAGCCCUCUCCAUUUCUUCUUCCCGGUCUAUCUUUGAAUUGCAUCCCUCUCCUCUCUUUCGUCUGCAGCGCUUCUGCUAUAACUUCUUCUGUGACUGGCUGUUGCUACCUGACCUGCUGUUUCUCUUGUUUGACAACAUUUCUAUAUAUUAUUACUUGCAUUAAACACACUUCAUUUAUCAUUUGUUUAUCUUCUUCAAUCUUCUGAGCUUAGCUCCACUGUUAUUAUUCUUCUCUCUGCUAUCUGGAUUGAGCUUUGGUCACAUCUGACAAAAGAUGGCUCCCAGGAACAACCGUGGAAAGGCAAAGGGAGAGAAGAAGAAGAAAGAAGAGAAGGUUCUCCCAGUGGUCAUGGAUAUCACCAUAAACCUUCCAGAUGAAACCCACGUCGUUUUGAAGGGGAUAUCGACAGACAGAAUCAUUGACGUUCGUCGGCUUUUAUCUGUGAACGUCGAAACUUGCAAUUUCACAAAUUUCUCCUUGUCGCAUGAGGUUAGAGGGCCGCGGUUAAAAGACACGGUCGACGUCGCAGCACUGAAGCCAUUAGUUGUUAUUUUAACCGAAGAGGACUACGAUGAAGAGAGUGCGAUGGUGCACGUCAGGCGGGUACUUGAUAUCGUCGCAUGCACGACGUCCUUUGGUCCAUCAGCACAAAGCAAAGAUCAUCCGCAGCCCGAAGUGGGAAGGAAUGCGCCUAGUGCACAGGAUAAGGUUGCCACGAAUUCGAAGAAAACCACUACCAUCGCAACUGCAAGCAAGCAAUCUUCAUCGAAGGAUGUGGCGAUGGAUAUCGAGGGAGAAGCGAACCACUCUUGCCCUAAGCUUGGAAACUUCUAUGAGUUCUUCUCCCUCUCACACCUGACUCCUCCUCUUCAAUUCAUUAAGAGGGUAACUAAACGGCAUACCGAUGAGAUUUCGGGGGAUGAUCAUCUAUUUUCUCUCGAGGUGAAGCUUUGUAAUGGGAAGUCGGUUCAUGUCGAAGCUUGUAAACAGGGGUUCUACAGCAUCGGGAAGCAGCGGAUCUUGUGUCAUAACCUAGUCGAUUUGUUACGACAGCUCAGUAGAGCUUUUGACAAUGCUUACAGUGAUCUAAUGAAAGCAUUCUCAGAACGUAACAAGUUUGGGAACCUUCCUUACGGUUUCAGGGCCAACACAUGGCUGAUUCCUCCCGUUGCAGCACAGUCACCAUCAGUCUUCCCGCCUCUUCCUGUGGAGGAUGAGAUCUGGGGCGGAAAUGGAGGAGGUCUGGGUAGAGAUGGCAGAAGUGACUUGAUUCCUUGGGCUAAUGAGUUUCUGUUUGUUGCAUCCAUGCCCUGUGGGACAGCAGAGGAGCGGCAAGUCCGGGACAGGGAGAGCUUCUUUCUUCACAGCCUAUUUGUUGAUGUUGCUAUUUUCAGAGCCAUUCAGGCUGUGAAGCAUGUGAUGGGAAAGCCAGAUUCAUUCUAUGCAGCAGCAAACCAUGAAAUUCUUUACACGGAGAGAUUAGGGGAUCUAUAUGUUAAAGUCAUGCGAGAUACUUCUAAUGCAAGCUGUAAGGUGGACACUAAGAUUGAUGGAAUUCAAGCAACUAGAAUGGAACAAAAGAAGCUGGUGGAGCGCAAUCUACUGAAAGGGGUCACAGCUGACGAAAAUACUGCUGCCCAUGAUGUUGCUACUCUUGGUGCUGUGAAUGUAAGAUAUUGUGGUUAUGUUGCCGUUGUGAAAGUUGAUGAGAGAGAGAUCCAGAAAGUCAGGCCUCCAUCUAAAAGCAUUGAACUUCUUGAACAGCCUGAAGGCGGUGCCAAUGCUCUUAAUGUCAACAGUUUGAGAUGUCUUCUUCACAGUACACCUUCAGAACACAAUAAGCAAAUUGCACAAUUGCAAGCUCUGGAACAGGAAGAGCUUGUGGCUUCCGAAGCUUUUAUAGAAAGGCUGUUGGAAGAAAGUCUUUCUAAACUUGAGGAAGAGGAGAAAGAAGGAGACCAUUUUGUGAGAUGGGAACUUGGUGCCUGCUGGAUACAACAUUUGCAAGAUCAAAAGAAUGCAGAUAAAGAUAAAAAACCAUCCGCUGAGAAGGCUAAGCAUGAAAUGAAGGUUGAAGGACUUGGGACACCUCUUAGGUCACUUAAGAACAACAAGAAGAAAUCAGAAGGGAACAAUCUUAAGAUGCUGUCUAAAAACUCAAAUGCUCAUGUGGAUGGUGCUUUUAGAGAAGCUGGAAAUACUUUUGCUCCUGGGGAAUCUGAAGUUGAAUCCAAUGCUAAAGAUAAUGAACUUGUGUUAAAAGCUUUGCUGCCUGAUGCAGCAUUUAGUCGACUAAAAGAAUCAGAAACAGGACUUCACUGCAAGUCCAUGCAAGAACUUGUUGAAUUAUCUCAAAAAUACUACAAUGAAGUUGCACUUCCGAAACUGGUAGCAGAUUUUGGUUCUUUGGAGCUUUCACCUGUUGAUGGUCGAACCUUAACUGAUUUCAUGCAUACUAGAGGUCUUCGGAUGCGUUCUCUGGGACAUGUUGUCAAGCUCUCAGAAAAGCUAUCACAUGUUCAGUCACUCUGUGUUCAUGAGAUGAUAGUUCGAGCAUUUAAACACAUUCUGCUGGCAGUGAUUGCUGCUGUUACUGACACUGAGAAAAUGGCAGUAUCAAUAGCUGCUGCACUGAAUUUGAUGCUUGGAGUUCCUAAAGAUGGAGCAUUACUCAAGUCUUGGAAUGUCCAUUCACUUGUAUGGAGAUGGCUGGAGCUAUUCCUGAUAAAGCGAUACAAAUGGGAUCUUAGUAGUUUUAACUACAAGGAAGUGAGGAAAUUUGCCAUUCUGCGUGGAUUAUGCCACAAGGUUGGCAUUGAAUUGGUUCCGAGGGAUUUUGACAUGGAUUCUCCAAACCCAUUCCGGAAAUCAGAUGUUGUCAGUCUGGUACCAGUGCACAAGCAAGCUGCUUGCUCUUCUGCUGAUGGAAGACAACUUCUAGAAUCAUCAAAAACAGCUUUAGAUAAGGGGAAACUUGAAGAUGCUGUUACUUACGGAACAAAAGCUCUUGCAAAGCUGGUAGCAGUAUGUGGUCCCUAUCACCGCAUGACAGCAGGAGCUUAUAGCCUUCUUGCUGUAGUUUUAUAUCAUACUGGAGACUUCAAUCAGGCGACAAUAUAUCAGCAGAAAGCCUUAGAUAUCAACGAAAGAGAACUGGGACUUGAUCAUCCAGAUACAAUGAAGAGUUAUGGGGAUCUUGCUGUGUUCUAUUACAGACUUCAGCAUACAGAGCUGGCUCUUAAGUAUGUAAAGCGUGCACUGUAUCUUUUACACCUAACUUGUGGCCCAUCUCAUCCAAAUACUGCUGCAACUUACAUUAACGUGGCUAUGAUGGAGGAAGGAUUAGGCAACGUGCAUGUUGCCCUAAGAUAUCUCCACAAAGCUCUGAAAUGCAACCAAAGAUUGCUUGGUCCAGAUCAUAUCCAGACAGCCGCAAGUUACCAUGCAAUUGCAAUUGCACUCUCGUUAAUGGAAGCUUAUCCUUUAAGUGUUCAGCAUGAACAGACAACCUUGCAGAUCCUCCGAGCAAAGCUUGGCCCAGAUGAUCUCCGUACACAGGAUGCUGCUGCUUGGCUAGAGUACUUUGAAUCCAAAGCUUUUGAACAACAGGAAGCUGCGAGAAAUGGUACUAGGAAGCCAGAUGCAUCCAUAGCCAGUAAAGGUCACCUCAGUGUAUCAGAUUUACUUGACUACAUUGAUCCAAGUCAGGAUGCAAAAGGGAAAGAUAGCGCAGCAGCCAGGAGGAAAAACUAUAUUGCGAAGGCAAAGGGGAAAUCUUACCAGCAUAUCAGUUCAGAAAGUUCUGAAGGAUCUCUGAAGGAUGCUCCAAAUGAAGAAUCAGAUGGAGAGACACAAGUACCUGAAUCAAGAGCUGACCAAGGUGCUAACCAGGAGAUCAGCUCUAUGCAGGUCCAGUCCCAACUUCCUGUUAUGGAUGAGGCUACAGAUAGAAAGCCAGUUGUUGUGACUGAAACUUUUCCUGAGGCACAUGCUGAAGGAGAUGAUGGGUGGCAGCCUGUUCAGCGACCAAGGUCAGCUGGAUUAUAUGGCCGUCGACUGAAGCAGCGAAGGGCAGCUUUUGGCAGGGUCUAUAGUUACCAGAAAAAGAACACUGAUGCAGACAUGGAUUGCCCUCCUGUCAAGGCAGCUCAGAAUGGUAGGUAUUACCUUCUGAAAAAAAGGUCAGCAUCCCAUGGAACCUAUGUGGAUCAGAACUCAGCAAGUCCCUUCCAAAGUACCAAAUUUAGCCGGAGAAUUGUAAAAACUGUUGCAUACCGAGUCAAGUCCCUGCCUUCCUCUACCAAAGCUCCUGCAACUGAAAUCACUAGAGAUGAAGGCAAAGCUGAUGAUUCUCUGGUAGACUCUGGUCCCAAUUCUAUAACAAAUGAUGUAUGUCCUAUGAAAAACUCAAUUAUCAAUCUUGGGAAAUCUCCUUCUUACAAAGAAGUUGCUCUGGCACCCCCUGGUACCAUUGCUAAGUUGCAGGUCUGGAUGCCACAGACCGAUACUUUAGAUAAGCAUGAAUUGGUGGUUGAAAAACAUGAAGAGGAAAGACUAAUGGAAGAAAAAGAUACUGAGCAAAUAAUUAUGGGGAUGGAAGAAAUACUAAAGGAGAAGAAUGAGAGUUCUACAUCAAACUCAUCAGAUUACUCAAAAGAGGAGGUUGGACUUCUUGAGAAGAAAGAAGAAAAUCAGUCAACUGAAGUUAUAGAACCCAAGCCUUCUUCGGUGAUCCCUGAAGGCAUGCAAGAACCGGAGUCUGGUGCUGAUAAUGUUGAUAAUGCUGAGCAAGAUAGUACAUUGAUUGACUGCAUACCUGAUCCUAUUGAUUCUCCCAAGAAUGAAGUUCCUGAGAAGGAAUCAUCUAGUAGUAUUGAACCUCAGAAUGAUCAGAACUCCACUGUGCAUGGAAUUGAUGAUUUGAAGGAUAAACAAUUAAUUCCGAGUUCAAGUGAUACUAGGGUGUUACCCAACAAGAAAUUGUCUGCAUCAGCAGCUCCAUUCAAUCCAUCCCCUAUAAUUUCUCGUCCUACACCAGUUGCCAUGAACAUUAACCUUCCUCCAGGUCCUGGUGCUCUUCCAGCUGUUGCACCUUGGCCAGUAAACAUGACUCUUCAUCCUGGUCCUGCUGCAGUCUUACCAAAUCCAAUGUGCUCUUCCCCCCACCAACCAUACCCAUCACCUCCUUCAACACCAAACCUCAUGCAGCCACUGCCCUAUAUGUACCCUCCAUAUACUCAGCCUCAAGCUGUGCAAACGACUACUUUUCCUAUAACUAGUGGCCCAUUUCAUCCAAAUAAGUUCUCAUGGCAGUGCAGUGUGAGUCCUACUGUACCAGAGUUUAUUCCUAGAACAGUUUGGCCUGGUUGCCAUCCAGUGGAGUUUUCUGUCCCACAAACUGUUAUUGAGCCAAUUCCUGAUCCUGUAUUAGAACCAACAGUUCAAUCUGAUUGUUCUGUAACCCUGAGUUCAGUCCCAGUUCGGCCAGCAGAUAAUGAUACUAUGGGG